CACUGCUGCCCCCAAACUUUCCGCCUGCACGGAGGUAUAAGAGCCUCCAAGUCUGCAGCUUUCGUCCAACUCCCAGACACCUCGCGGGCUCGCCGGCACCGGCAGCGUUUCCAGGAGGCCGAGCAGGGUGUGCGUGCGGCCGUUGGGCGCCUUCUUUUUGGACCUCGGGGCCAUCCACACCGUCCCCUCCCCCUCCCGCCUCCCUCCCCGCCUCCCCCGCGCGCCCUCCCCGCGGAGAUCCACCCCGUCCCUCCUCCCGCUCCCUCCUCGGCGGGCCGCACCGCCCCGGCCGGCGCCGCGCGCGGGGGAAGCUGGCGGGCUGAGGCGCCCCGCUCUCCUCCUUUUCCCGGGCCGCCCCUCUGCCCCGGGCCUGCGAGGCCGCACGCUGCCACCUGAGAGAUGAUGCAGGACGUGUCCAGCUCGCCAGUCUCGCCGGCCGACGACAGCCUGAGCAACAGCGAGGAAGAGCCGGACCGGCAGCAGCCGCCGAGCGGCAAGCGCGGGGGGCGCAAGCGGCGCAGCAGCCGGCGCAGCGCGGGCGGCGGCGCGGGGCCCGGCGGGGCCGCGGGCGGGGGCGUCGGAGGCGGCGACGAGCCGGGCAGCCCGGCCCAGGGCAAGCGCGGCAAGAAAUCUGCGGGUGGCGGCGGCGGCGGCGCCGGCGGCGGCGGCAGCAGCAGCGGCGGCGGGAGCCCGCAGUCCUACGAGGAGCUGCAGACGCAGCGGGUCAUGGCCAACGUGCGGGAGCGCCAGCGCACGCAAUCGCUGAACGAGGCGUUCGCCGCGCUGCGGAAGAUCAUCCCCACGCUGCCUUCGGACAAGCUGAGCAAGAUCCAGACCCUCAAGUUGGCGGCCAGGUACAUCGACUUCCUCUACCAGGUUCUCCAGAGCGACGAGCUGGACUCCAAGAUGGCAAGCUGCAGCUAUGUGGCCCAUGAGCGGCUCAGCUACGCCUUCUCGGUCUGGAGGAUGGAGGGGGCCUGGUCCAUGUCCGCGUCCCACUAGCAGGCGGAGCUCCCCACCCCCUCGGCAGGGCCGGAGACCUAGAUGUCAUUGUUUCCAGAGAAGGAGCAAAUGGACAGUCUAGAGACUCUGGAGCUGGAUAACUAAAAAUAAAUAUAUAUGCCAAAGAUUUUCUUGGAAAUUAGAAGAGCAGAACCCAAAUUCAAAGAAACAGGGCGUGGGGCGCACUUUUAAAAGAGAAAGCGAGACAGGCCCGUGGACAGUGAUUCCCAGACGGGCAGCGGCACCAUCCUCACACCUCUGCAUUCUGAUAGAAGUCUGAACAGUUGUUUGUGUUCCUUUUUUUUUUUUUUGACGAAGAAUGUUUUUAUUUUUAUUUUUUCAUGCAUGCAUUCUCAAGAGGUCGUGCCAAUCAGCCACUGAAAGGAAAGGCAUCAUUAUGGACUUUCUCCAUUUUAAAAUGGUAACAACCAGAGGAAUUUUAAGAACAUCGUUAGAAAUAAAAAUACGGGGAUCAAACUGACUUGCAAAAUCACAGUCAGUUCAUUCCUUUUCACCUUCUUCCUCUGAGGGAAAAAAAAAAAAACUUAAAAUACAAAAAACAACAUUCUAUUUAUUUAUUGAUGACCCAUGGUAAAAUGCAAAUAGAUCCGGUGUCUAAAUGCAUUCAUAUUUUUAUGAUUGUUUUGUAAAUAUCUUUGUAUAUUAUUUUUCUGCAAUAAAUAAAUAUGAUUGAAAAUUUUAAGAACCUCAGAGUUUGGUCUAUAUUUUUAAAGCUCAGGAUUAAGUUGGCGGUAAAUACUUGCUUGUUUAACUCUGGAGGCACCCAGGAGGGAGGGGGCACUAAUAUAAACAAAGCAGUGAAAAACGCAAAUAAACUAGCUACUGACAGGCACAGGCAUGUUAUUUAGAAAGACAGCUUUAUUAUUAUUCCAAUUUGGUGUUCAGUGGGCUUUGUGGCAUCUAUCCUUCAUCUCUUACCAGUUCUCUAAACAGCGAAAACUUAAAUUUGUUACUCACCUCUCUUGCUUAUAUUUUGAGGGGGCAGUCGUAGAACAGUUCAACGCAUAUAAGCAAUAUGAAGCCAGCAGUCUUUUUCUCUUGUUAACUCUGUAUUUUUGUCAUGAGCUCCACUGUUUGUGAGGAUUUUUAAAUAAGAGGUUCAUUUCAGUGAACGGGUGUAUAAAGUGUUCUUAAAAUGACCUAUCUGUACACGUAUAAAUCAAUACAAAUGCACUGAAAAUAGUAAAGUUUAAUUCAGCAGGAAAGAGAAUUCCAGUUGUAAUUUAUCUCUCUCUUACAUGAAUGAAAAUGAUAUUUAAUGUCAUGUUUGCUUAAAAGAAAAGCCAAAGUGAAGAAUAUUUGCCCAUGUUGAUGUUAUCUAUUUGGGAAGCAUGCUCCUUUUUUAUAUGUAUAAAGAACAUACAACAAUGGAGUCAAAUACAAUAAGCAAAAAACCUGAACUUCCAGUAUCUUCAGUAACAAUUGGAACAAUUACAAUUUUAAAUGCAAUAGCUAUUCAUUUUCUAGUCAGUUCAUUAGCAAGUAGAUUUUAUCCAAAAUUACACGGAAUUUUUCCUUGGUUACUUAUAGGUAUACAAAAUCUGAUGAAGUUAAGUUAAAUGGGCAAAUGGGGCUUGAUUUUUAUUUCAUUAUGGUUAUUUCUGAACCAGGAAAAUAUUGGCUCAUAACUAAUAUCAUUAGGAGCAAUACGUUUGUAUCACUCAGUGCUUAACUUUUACAUCUAGUUUACUGCAUUCAGGUGUAAUCUGGCAAGCUUUCAAACUAGAAAAUAAUUUUGUUGUCUAUUUCAAACAAAGGCUAUGGCAGAUAAGUGUAUAUGAAUGCAAACAGGUUGUGUUUGUUCAACUCAGAUUGAGGCUAUUAUUACCUGAAGGUUUUUCAUUCCCUCCCACACAACAUCAGGGAAUGCUGACAUAACAAUAUUGUAAAUUUACUAUUCUGAAUAUUUGAGACCGUAUUUUCGGAUAAGGACCCUGUAGCAUUUACUUACACUGAAAGGUUAGUGAAGGCUUGGGGAAUUAAUUUUUGGAUUUUGGUAUUCCUUUACCAAAUAACUACAUGAGCCGGGAAAGUGAUUAUGUGUGCAUGUAUUUGUAGGGUGUGGGUGUAUUGGCAGAGUGGAGAGAGAGAGGGAGUGCGUGUGUAUAGGGUAGAAAUGUAAGGGUACCCUAGAAGAAUGAGGGAGAGCACAUCAAGAUGCUAAUUCUCUCUUGUGUGUGUAUCAUUCUACACCUCCAUUUUCUAAACUGUUCAUGGAGGAAUCUCCUUGUUCACUAGCUUGGUCUGACUAUUUGAUAUUUCAGAUUUCUUGACGUACAUCAGGAUGGAGCUGACUGUCAUUGCUGAGAAGGUAAUCUCUAUCUUAUCUCUGAUGAUUUAAAACCCAGAGGUUUCACAAAAGGUAGCCUUUCAUUUGCCUUUUUAAUUUUUUUCUUUUUUUCUUUUUUUCUUUUUCUUUAGUAUUUUGUUCUCUUUUCUCAUAAGAGAACCCUGUGGAGAAAAGCAAAUACCAUAUUUGUGUUGCUAAACUGAAGGUAAUAUUUUUCCCCUAGAUUUUCAGAGAAAUGAAUGAAUGAAUGAAAGGCGACGAAUGGCUUUACUUUGAAUGAGAAUAAUUCAUGCAGAAUAUUAACUAUUAGAAUACAAUUUUCAGGUUGCAGACUGAUUUUGUAUUGCCAAUCUCCUCCCCCUUGCACAUAACAAUGCUAAUUCUUUUUUAGAAUAGAAAUAAAGCCACCUGUAUUUCUUUUGCUCUACUGUUUUUUUCCUGUUUUAAUUCUUUUUGCUACCUAUUCUUAUUUAAAGGACACUUAAAAUGAAUUACCUCUGCUUCAGAAGUGAGAAUUUAAUGUGAUGGCUGGACUGGGGGACUCUACCCUUUAGCCAGAAUGCAUUCACUGGAGGGAAAAAUGCUGUAUAAAAUAGCCUUGGGUGAAUUCUAUAAACCACUGAGUAAAAAUGGUUCCUUUACUGUGCACAUAGUUUUUUUU